CCCACAAUGACGAUUUUUUACUCGAUCUUUCUCUUUUUCGUCAGCCUUUGAAAUUGUUUAUCGAAAGGAAAACGAAUUGCAACACGAAACCCUAGAUCUCCUCAAAUAUUUUGAUUCCAUCUCCAAACCCCUCAUAUAAUCCUGAGUUUCAUCUUUAAAACCCUAGAUCUGACCAGCGAUUUCACAUUUCUUGUAUCUCACCGGUCGAAUUCGUAAGAUUCGACUGGUGUUAGCAGCACCGCAUUGGAUUUUUUUUUUGUGAACUGGAGUAUUUGCGUCUUAAGGUUGUUGAGUAAUCGGGGAUGGGAAGAGCGUCUAUAGAAAUAUCGAGGACAUCUUCGUCAUCAUCGUCGCCGGCGGUGACAACGACCUCUACAUCGGUCACCGAGACGGUGAAUGGAGAACAUGAUUUUAGGAUUUCGGGUUACUCGCUAUCGAAAGGAAUUGGAAUUGGGAAGUAUGUAGCGUCUGAUACGUUUAUGGUUGGUGGGUAUUCAUGGGCUAUCUAUUUUUACCCUGAUGGGAAAAGCCUGGAGGACAAUGCGACAUAUGUUUCUUUGUUUAUUGCGUUAGCUAGCGAAGGAUCAGAUGUCAGGGCGCUUUUUGAGCUGACUCUUCUGGAUCAGAGUGGCAGGGAGAGGCAUAAGGUUCAUAGCCAUUUUGGGAGAGCGUUAGAGAGUGGUCCGUAUACCCUUAAAUACAGGGGUAGCAUGUGGGGUUAUAAGCGGUUUUUCAAAAGAUCUGCAUUGGAGACAUCAGAUUACUUGAAAGAUGACUGCCUUCAGGUUCAUUGUUGUGUUGGAGUUGUCAAGUCACGUACAGAAGGCCCCAAGACCUACUCAAUCCAUGUACCACCUUCGGAUAUCGGGCAACAAUUUGGGCAACUCCUGGAAUGUGGAAAAGGCACCGAUGUCUCUUUUCAAGUAAAAGACGAAACCUUUUCUGCUCAUAAAUUGGUGCUUGCAGCCCGCUCACCUGUUUUCAGGGCUCAACUUUUUGGUCCAAUGAAAGAUCAAAAUACCCGAUGUAUUAUAGUUGAGGACAUAGAGCCCCCUGUUUUCAAGGCAUUGCUUCAUUUUAUGUAUUGGGAUAGUUUGCCUGACAUGGAAGAACUAACCGGUAUGAACACGAAAUGGGCCACCACAUUGAUGUCUCAGCAUCUUCUUGCAGCUGCUGAUCGCUAUGGUUUAGAUAGGCUGCGGGUGCUCUGUGAGACUAAUCUUUGUCAGGAUGUUGCCAUAAACACCGUUGCAACCACAUUAGCACUGGCUGAGCAGCACCACUGCCACCAGUUGAAAGCUGUGUGUCUCAAAUUCGUUGCUUCGCCUGAAAAUCUCAGAGCCGUGAUGCAGACGGAUGGGUUUGAUUACCUUAAAGAAAGCUGCCCGGAAGUCCUGACCCAACUGUUGGAGUAUGUGGCAAGGAUCAGCGAGCAUUCUCCUGCCAUAAGCAAGCGCAUUAACGAUGUUAUACCUGAUGGAGUUGAUGUUCAUGGUAGAAGGGUAAAACAGAGAUUGUAAUUCCAAACCCCUUCCCUUGUUGAAAAAAGAUCAAGUAUAGGCACAGAGGUCAUAUCAUGUCAAGUAGGGGUUAAUUCUUUCUUCUUAUAAGCUGAAAGUGUAAAUUUAGUGUUGUAAUGGAUUGCAUGUUGCAAGCUGUUUACGUCUUCCUUCUCACUUUUUAUUUCCAC